UUUGAAAGGCUCCCUAACCAAAAAUAUUUCAACAUGACCAGAUUUCCAAUUUUCAUCCUAUAAAAUGUUAGUACUCCACCUGGUAGAUUGAAAAUAUUGGAGAAAAAGGACUACUGUUGAAAACCUGGUUGUGAAAUAAAGGCUUUCUGCUUUUCUCAUACUCUAAUCUAACCUUAAAAUGUUGUAUUAUCACAAUCGGUCGAGCCUUCAACACAAUUAUUGACAGAAUUUUGCUGAAGUUCUGUUUAUUAUUGUAUUUUAGGGUGGUCUGCUAUACAUUUACAGCAUGAUGAAUACCUUUCGACCCAAAAAGAAAGGAAAUUUCAACCACUUUGCUACUGUUAUUACUUUCAUCAUUAAAGGCACUUACUUACAUUUAGUUAUGAUUACGCUAUUACUUACUACUCAACUACCGUUAUUUUCUGUGUUUGUUAUGCCAAAGCCAUUAGCAACAAAUAUGUAAGUUCUAACGAAAAUAAAAAACUUGUUGGUCUUCUCGCGAGCAAAUGUUACUUCUUUUACGUCUACUGCUUUGAAUAGACGAUUUGUACCGUUAUGGGUGAUUGUUGUUGUAUUGCUACUUCUUCGAGUUGGAGUUUUGGGGCUCACAACUAGUCAACAAUGAAAGUAAAUGGGAGCGAUUCCCGCGCGCUCUUAUUGUAAAUAUAUGUAUACUCUCCAAAAGCACACAAGAGUUAAACGCACAAGAAGACACACACACAUUUACAUAUAACAAUAACAACAAACAUAUUAUAGUAUGGGUCAACGCCAGUUGGGGAGUUAAGUUUAACAUUUCAUUUCAUUGAUUGUUGUUGUUGCUGCCGUUGCUUUUGUUGUUGCUCACUCGCUUGUGCAGCGGCGCGCUUGAGUAUUUCGUUGAGUUUAGUUGCUCGUAACGGUUCUUUGCGUAUAGACGUGUUUUGCUGCCUUUUUGGACCCACUCGCUGACAAUACUUGGAGUGUUUAGUUGUUGUUUAUUUUACAAUAACGUGUGUUGUUGUUACAGUUAAUAGUAGCGUGUCGGCGCAUGAAUGAAUGAACGCGUUAGUUUUGUUCAGAGCGGGGAGGGAGUGGAGUGUAAAACAGUUGCUUGAAAAAAAUUAAUAACUAAUUAUAAGCAGUGUUGAGCAAUAAAAAUGGAUGAGUAAGCGCGCAACGUGCCAAAAGCUGUGAAAUAAAAUUUCUAACACGUUUAUAUGCAAAAUUUGUUUGAUAAAUUGUAAUAAAAAAAGUUUAUAAAAAAUAAAAAAAAAAAUUAUAAAAACAACAAAAAAUGUGCAUUCAAGUGAAUCAUGAAGCCAUAAAGAGGACGACGCUAGCAAAUAUGUGUUUCCAGCAAGUGUAAAAAAUUCAUAAAAAUAUUGCAACAAUAAAAUAACAAGAAGUGAGCGCAAAUAAAGUGCAAUAAAGCAACAACAAAACACAAGAAAGCCAGUUAUAGACAACAAACGAACUACAUUUAAAUACUACGAAAUUUAAUAAAAAAAACAUAAAGAAAUAUUUUACAAAAAAAAAUACAACAACAACAUCAAAAAUGUCAGCGCAACACAAUGCGCGCCCACCUGGUUACGCGCGCAGACAACACAGUAGACUGCAUGCCACACUGCCUACAACCUCACUGACUUCCUGUCGCUACGUCACCACCCUCGCUGCAUUUACCAUGCUUACACUGCUCCUCAGCGCCACGGCCACACUUGGCGGCGCUUCCAAUAUGGGUGAUGUGAGUAGCGAACUCGAAUUCGCCAGUCUCGAUGGCGCCGGCACACAACUACUCACGCCCGUGCAGUCAGCGCCGAGCACAGUGGCGCCGCAAUGGCCUUUGAAGGUGGUGGAUAUAAUCGAACCUGCGCCAGCGCAACCCGUGAUGUCAUCGCCCAGUUACACUGAACUGCAGGGUGGUGAAAUCACUGGCGAACGUACAUUGCGUUACAGUGAGAGUCCUUUUGUGGCGCGUCAACACAUCGAGGUGGCGAAGGGUGCACGUUUGAUCAUCGAACCGGGUGUACGUGUGGAAUUCGCUCCAACUGUGGGCAUAACUGUGCGUGGGAUAUUGCAUGCAGUGGGAACACCUACAUCACGCAUAACACUAACGGCACAAGGAAAGCCCGUAGCUACCCAGACAGAUAUAAUUGAUGCCGAAGUGCGUGGCGCACGCUUAGUUGAUGGACCAACACCUUUAGAGGGACGUCUACAGCUCUUUCACAAAGGCUCAUGGCGCGACGUUUGUACAAAUUCGAGAAAUUGGACACUCGUGGACUAUGCGGUCGCUUGUCGUCAAAUGGGUUAUGCUGGCGGACGGUUUUGGAAUUGGGUUGAACGCACACCGGGCUAUCAUCCACGUUUACUCUACGAGCAGCCGCGUUGCAAAGGUGGCGAGAAUUCGCUAGUGAAUUGUGCCUGGACUUCACGGCAAUUGGGCUCUGGCGUUUGCGACUAUCAUAAUGAUAUCGGUAUACAAUGUAGACCGUUGUAUAAUGCGCCACUCGGUAAUUGGCGUGGUCUAUAUUUCCAUAACGCGCCUUCAACAAAAACGCUUGGCAAUAACAAUAUCGUUUACACCGCCUUAUCACAAUCCACAUUACGUUAUGUCGACAUUAAGUUGGCCGGUGUAGGACGGGACUAUAGCGUGAAGUCCGCCUUGGAGGUGAUUGGACUGCCACCCGUUAUGCAGCACGUAGCAAUCACUCAUUCGGCUUACACCGGUUUUAAUGCGACCUUACCGCAGGGCGGCUUCAUCCUGCAGAAUGUGACGGUGCAGAAAAAUAACGGUAUUGGUGUUUUUGUGAACUCCAGUCAGGGUAUGGUACAGUUGGAUGGUUGUAAUAUUGUGGAGAACGUAGCGGAUGGUGUCAAAUAUGUAGGGCAUGACUUGCGCGUGAACGAGCGUAUGGAUCGUGCGUCCAUCUAUGAUUUUUGUACAUUGCCCACCACCUCCGGUCAGACCUAUCCCAUCUCAUUGUCCUUCACGCAAAAAUACUAUGCAGGUUCGGAUAAAGUUUGCGGUAAAUACUUCUUCACACGUACCGGUUAUCUACUAACGGUGCACUUUGAGUCGUUUGUGUUGCGCAACAAUGAGACCGCCACGGUGGAGAUUUUCGAUGGUACAUCGGAGACCGAUCGGGUGCUCUUUGCAUGGAAAGCGCGUAACUACACACGUCCACAGAGUGUGACGAGCAAUCGUGAGAAGCUUUUCGUGCGUAUACGUGCGGACGCGCGUCAGGAGGUGAAUGGCUUUAUACGAAUCACCACUGAUGACACGCGUGCCUAUGACUUACGUGUUGCGAACUCUGUUGUGGAGGAUAAUGGUGGACGUGGUAUUGCGAUCGAUAAUAUACGUUCCAAACUGCAUGUGCAUGGCAGCUUCGUUUCGGGCAACGGUCAUAUUUCGGGUGUUCAUGUAACCAGCGGUGCUGGAGAUGUCAAUAUCACAAGUAGUAACAUUACAUUCAAUCAGGGUGGCGGCGUUAACAUCACCUACUACGGCGGUAAUCGUAAUAUAUCACGUAGCGCCAUACAAGCGAAUAAGGGUUAUGGCUUGGCUGUAUGGCUGAAUGAUACAAGCUCACCAGAUCGUAUCGAAUAUAUACCCUUCAAUCAAACGACGACUGUGGAAUACUCACAAAUUGGCGGUAACUUGGAGACAGGUGUCUUGCAUGGUAACUACUGUCAACCGAUUUGGGUCAAUAUUACAGGGAACAGUUUCAACGGCAGUCUACAUAACGAUGUGCUGGUGGAGUCCUGUUGGCGUUUUACAACCAACAAGCAACCGAAUAUGCAGUUACAAAUCGGACACAACACCUUCGACUACAGCCAGAAAAACUCAAUCUUUCUCAGCCCCGCGCUCAAUCUACAAGGCAAAAUCGAGUUUAAUCACUUCCGUCUGGGCUCUUAUGGCGCCAUUUAUAUACGCAACGACUACAUAUUUCAAGAGUUCAAUUUCAUGCCUGUACGCCUGCUGAUACAGAGUAACCACUUUCGUCGUAAUAGUGGCGUUUAUGUGGUGUCGUUGGGUUUGUCACCUUACAGCUCACACGAGUUGCAAUCGCUGCUCUUCACACGCAACUUCGUGCGUGAUAACAAGAUAUCUGAACCCUUUGGACCGCUGAUCGAGGGUAGUGAGGGUAGCGAUGGCUCGGGACGUCUCAAUCCACGUUGUCGUGUCGCUGCGGCAGUUGUAGUGGCCUCCAGUAAUGUGGACAUCUUCCGCAAUAUACUACACAACUUGGACUCCGCCUAUGAGGUGGGCUCACAACUGAGCGAUCAGAGUCAGAUUAUCAACGCCACCUACAAUUGGUUGGGUCACUCAGAUGAGAAUAAAAUAUUUCCGCGUCUCUUUCAUCGCAACAAUCGUUACAAUUUGGCUAAGAUACAGUAUAUACCAUAUCUUUUGCACAGCUCCAAUCCGGGUUCGACGACAAUGAUAACAAUGUCUACGCUGGUGCCGCGCUUCUCGCAAGAGGGCUCCGAUUUGAUUGGCGGUGAAAUUGAUGGGCAAGAAAUACUCUCAGCUGGCACGUAUCGUGUAACGAACGACAUCAACAUACGUCCUGGUGGCAAGUUGACGCUGCAACCCGGUGUUACACUGAAAUUUGAGCCCAGCGUCGGCAUGAUGAUCGCUGGCAAAUUGGAGGCCCGCGGUCGCCGGCCAGAUGAUAUCUUCUUUACACUGAAGCGUGAAACUGUGAUUGCUAUGGAUAAUUCGACGGACGUAGAGCAGUUAGAUGUCGAUGUUAUUGAUGUUGAGACUGAGUCGAUCAUAGAGAAGAACGAGCCACCACGUGUGCCAGUGCGACUCAUCGGUGGCGCUGGUGAUUACGAAGGACGUUUACAGGUCUACUUGGAUGGGCGUUGGGGCACAGUUUGCGAUUACGGUUGGACAGUGCUAAAUGCGGCGCUUGUGUGUCAUCAUCUCGGCUAUACGCUCAAUCCACGUGACUGGCGGCUACAUCGCUCACAAAUGCCUACAGUAGGCGUGACGGAAGAUGUGAUUGUCUCGAAUGUGCGUUGCACCGAACAUGAUCUAGAUAUAACCAAGUGUCGUGCUGAGUACUCAACACGUGGUGAGUUCGAGAACUCAUGCACACAUGAAAAUGAUGUGGGUAUGCGUUGUUAUGAGGGCGCUUGGGCCGGUGUACGUUUUAGCAUGUUAGCCGAACGCGCGGACCUACAGUAUCUGACUAUUGAGAAGGCUGGACUCUUCGAUUACACUACGAAUAUUUUCAAGCCCGCUAUACAAAUGGAUUUUGCGCGCCAUAAUCUCGAGAAUGUGCGUGUGGUAGACAAUUUACAAGAUGGUUUGGGUAUCGUAUAUGCAGACCUUUAUGGUGGCAAGUCGGUGAAUAAUAUUAAGAAUUGUGAGUUCAUCGGCAAUCGUGGUAAUGGUAUUAGCUUGAAGCAGUUGGAUUUACGCAUACAGGGUUCAGUUAUAAAGAACAAUCGUGAUAGCGGUAUCUCACAUGAUCCGGUCAUUUCGGCCAUUGAACAGAAUGAGCUUGGUGGUUGGUUCCAAAUGGCUGUGGACUUCAACACCUUCGAGGCAGACUACGAUCCAUAUGUGCUGCCACGCGACGAAGGACAAAUUGACUUGGACACCUGGCAAAAUAAGUAUAUACGCACAGAACCCGUUCGUGGUGAAUCAAUCAGCCGCAAAAUUGUUGUGCGCUGCCCCGCCGGUUAUGUGCUCGGCAUACAACUGCUCAAUCCCAUACAAAAUCUCUCCACAGAACAUAUAACAAUUCAAGAUUCACAAACGGAGAACAGACGUUCCGCUUUGUGGGUACUCAAACGUGAUCUGAAUGUAUUUCCUACGACAAGCAGCAGUUACGGCAUCAUCAUCUACUACGAGAGCGGUGCGAAUGCUUUGGGUGGUGCUGUACUGCGUCUCUCUACUGUCACUGCUCCCGUGCAGAAUAUACGCAAUCGAGUGGUGAGCGGUCCGGUGCCCACGCUUAGCAUACGCUCAACUAAGAUACAGAAGAACUUUCGUGGCAUUGCGGCCUACUACUAUAAUCGCUAUGUGGGCGAUAAUGGCGAGUAUUAUUUACGUAAAGCGAAUGAGUCCAUCAAAAUUAUGAAUUCGGAGAUUAGCUCGAACUUCCGUGAGGCCAUAUUGGUGAAGUCACCAUUCUGGGAUGUGCAGUACAGCAAUAUCUCCGAGGUUACUAUACACGUGAACAGUACAAUGAUCACACAGAAUGGACAUGGCAUUAGACAGCUCUCGAAGGACCUGCGUUCAUCGAAUAAUCUCUUCCAUUAUGUGGUGCAAGAUACGACGGUUGAAGAUAAUGCCUUCGGCGGUUUUCAGGUCGCACUGCCUUAUGUUUGGCAGUAUAAUGAGAAUUUCACGCAUAGCGUCUACUUCGGUAAUAGCACUUGGCAGCGUAAUCGAAACUUUUUCAUUGACGUCAGUGGACAUUAUACGGUCUUUAACAUAACCUCAAAUGUAUUUCUGAACAAUCAGUGUCCGCGUAGCCUGAUUACACUGGACGGCAUGGAGAAGCGUAUCAAGUUCGAUUACAAUCGCAUCGAGAGUAAUAAUGCCAAAUUCAUUAUGGAGCUGCGUGCGGACAGUUUGAGCGAGAUUUUGGGUGAGGUUCCGGCGAUGAUCGCUUACAAUACCAUAAAGGGCAACAGCAUUGACUCAAUGGCGGGUAACUUCCGUAAUGCGCCCAUGCGCAAUUAUCGUCCACGUAAAGUACGUCCACAGAAUCGUCUCCCGAGCGCCGUUGUGCGUUUGGAUGGCAUACAAAAUGUGAAGCUGUAUCGCAACUUAAUCGCAGAGAAUCAAAUGGACUACAAUUUGGUGGCCGGUGUACGUUCCGCACGGUUGAAUAACUACUUUUACGCCACGGAGAAUUGGUGGGGCUCAAAGGAUGCCAAGUAUAUCGAGUCGAAAAUAUUUGAUUUCGAUACGUGGAAUGAUCACGCGGACGUUAUUUACCAACCUUUCCUCAUUGAGGACAGUUUCGAUGCGAGUGUUUCGCUGAUCGAUGAGCACGACGAAAUUAUAGAUCUUAAUACUUGGUCAGGUGGUCGCAUAUACAAGGACUUGUCAUUACCCAAACGACCCGAACCAUAUCGCAUACUCUCCGACAUUACAGUUAUGCCUGGCGCCACACUCUCCAUACAGCAUGGCGUACAACUCGAGUUUGAACCGAAUGUGGGUAUACUUGUUUUGGGCACACUCUUAGCUACCGGUUAUCGAGAGUCGGAAAUUAGAAUGCGUCCCUUUGUGAAUGCCUCGCAUGAGUCGUACACUAUGAUUACGAAGCGUGGCAUUGAAGACCUUAGUCAAUCGCAAGCAUAUGACUCCAUACGACUGUGCACGAGUGCACAGAAUUGCACCACAAAUCCACAGAUCUCCUUUGGUGGCAUCAACGAAGGCUUUCUCGAAUAUUUCAACCACACCACACUCCAAUGGGUGCCGAUUUGCGAUAGCCGCUUCACCGAACGUAAUGCGCAGGUUGUUUGUCGCGAACUCGGCUUUGAUCCACUCAAUGUAUAUUAUGGACACGAUCGACGCAUUGAGUAUCACACAAACUCAUUGACACGUAUUUGGACCUGGGUGCAACCUUUGGAGUGUCGUGGCGAUGAAUUGCGUAUGGAAGAUUGCGCAGAACGUUUAAAUGGACAAGUUUAUGGACGUAGACACGAAUGUCAUUGGGAUGAUGUAUUUGUAUUUGUAAGUUGUAACAGCGCGCCGGAAGAUCUCGUUUACUGGGGUGGCAUACGUUUUGCGAACUCAGACUUUGAGGAGAAUCAAUAUGGUCAUCGUUUCCAUGAUAGUCUCUCACAUGGACCGAUCAAUAAUCGGCAGAGUCAUUUGGAAUACAUACGUAUUGAGAAUGCUGGCAUAUUGCAUAAUCAGAAAUCGGCUGCAAUCCAAGCAAUACACAAGAAUCCGACAAUACGUUCGGUGACGAUUCUGAACUCUGCACAUCACGGCGUUAAUUAUAUAGCGCCUAGUGGCACAAUGAAUCUCAAUUUCCUGAAUAUCAGCAACGCUUUUGGUGCCGGCAUCAAUAUACUCUCGCUAACGGGUGAGGGACGUGAAAGUGAUGAGUCAAGCUUUACGCCACUCAAAGAUUUGGAUAUUCCGUACAAACUCUUCUCGCUCGUUGAUAUCUGUGAUCCACAAAAGGUGCUCACCGUGGAGGAACGUAUUUUAGUCUACUAUAAGUACGAUAAUAACCCCGUGAACUGUGUGAAGAUCUUCACCUCCCUAUAUCGUGCCAAACCGAUGGGCUUCCGUUUGCUACAAUCGAAUUUAUUUAAUCACUCGAAGGAAUAUGGACGCACCGAUGUGAUACGGCUCUUCGAUGGCGAUAUCUACAAUGUGACUUCACGUUUCCUCGGCAAAAUCGAAUGGGACAGCGAUAAUCAGCGUAAAUUCUUCAAGACUGAGAGUCCUACUUUGAGUUUGCAGUUGAUUGCGAGUGGCGCACCAGAGUUUCAUGGUUUCAUAGCGGAAAUUGUAACGGUGCCUAUAUCGACUUUGGGACAAUUCCGCGAUGCGCAACACAAUGUCACCUAUACCCACAUAUCGAACGCUGUUAAAGGUGCUGUGACGUAUUCGUCCGCCGGUGAGGUUACACCUACACUCACGCUCACCUCGAAUCGUAUACAGGGUAAUUGUCAUCAGCUGUAUGGUAAUUUCUCCACUUGCAAGUCGGCGCUCAGCAUUGAUGUGCAAAAUAUGCAUUCGCUUUACUUUAUGAACAACUUAAUCAAAGACAAUCAGGGCGGUCUAAGCAUACGCGCAGACUCACGCGGCUCGGCUACUUCGCUGCGCGGAUUUAUACAUCACAAUCUAUUCUACGGCAAUCGCAAUCGUCCAGCACUGUAUGUCGAGGGUCGUCAGUCGUCACCAUAUCAAGAGAUCGAAUUGUAUCGCAAUUAUUUUGCUCAGAACAAAGCGGGUUUCGAAGAUGUUAUUAAGUUGCGACAAGUUGUCUCGAAUUUCAGUUAUAAUUUUGUGCAUAGCAAUGUAGGUGGACGAAUUGUGGAGAUCUCGGGUUUUGAGAAAGUACGUUUGCCCAUCUAUCAGACCACAUCGCAUAAUGGUUUUUAUAGCAAUGUUGCCACUAACUGGAUGGGUCGUGCUACAAUUGUCGCUGGCACAGCGGGUCAACAGUAUGUCGACAAUAUAUUUGAGAAUCCCGAAAACGAUUACGAAAUGAUAACCGUAAAUAACUCAAUUUUGAAUGUUGAUUAUGUGAUCAAUAGCACCAUUGAACUGUGGCGCUCAAAAAUCGAUGCUAGACACAACUAUUGGAGCUACAAUAACACGAUAUCGGUGCAGUCGCGCAUACGCGAUAAAUCAGACGACCCCUUACUGCUCGAAGUGCAAGCUGUACCCUUCCAAAUGAACAAUCUCACCAUACUCGAUGGCAAGUGUCCACCCGGUUGGUCGCUGGUACAUGAUACUUGCUUCAUUUAUGUGGGCGCACCUUUGACCUUCCAUGAGGCACGCGCUUUCUGUCGCAGCGAGAACUCGACGAUGCCUUUCAUACGCACCGACAGCGCAACGUUGUGGAAAUAUUUACAAGGACAAAUGAGACACUUAAAAUACCCCGAAAAGGUGUGGAUACAAGAUUUCGAUCACAUCGAUCGUUGCACGAGUUUCGCCUUCACCACCACCGAGGUCGAGGACUGCAGCAAUGAGAUGGGUUUCAUUUGUGAAACGGAUCCGAAGGUCAUUAUCGAUCCGCUCUCUUGGCGCGCUGAUAUAUUCGCUAUCAGCAUCAUUUCAGCUUUCAUUUUGGCCAUCAUCUUACUAAUUUUGGUCGCCAUCUGUUGGUAUGCCAAGUCGAAACAUCGUCACGUCCAACGUUUACAACGCCGAAAUAGCAUACGCCAGAGCUUACGCAGUUUGAAUAGCAUUGAUCCACAGGGUUCGCUGCGGCGUCGAAACUUUAAUAUGUCCACGUCGACGGCCACGCUCUCAAAACCACUUGGACAAGACUACAAGAUGAUGGGCAACGGCUCAAUCGACUCAAUGGAUAAGAGUGUGCUCAGCUCUGAGGGCAGCUUUGAGGCGUAUGAAAAUCAAACCGCGCAUCCCAGCGAAUAUCAAAAACCGAAUUAUAACGAAUAUGUUAGUCAAAACGCGCUGAAAGGAACUAAUAAAUCGAAUGAACCGUACAAGGUCGCAACAAUUGGUUCGAUUUCGAAGGCAUCCACCGCACGUGGACGACCACGACCGACAGACACAUUUGAGCUCUCCUACCGCAAUGAGGGUUUCCGCGACAACUCAACUUACGCCAGCACACUGAACAACUCGGUGGCCAAUAGUAUAGCUGAAGAUACGCCUAUCAUACACCAAACGGAUGUCGAGGAUGCCAAUUCCGAUUACUAUGGUAAUGCCAGUACAUUACCGCUACAUAGUGGCGCUAAUGAGAGUCUCUCAUUCUUGCAUGAGCUCAAACAAAAUCUACCACCGCCCGCAUACAAUAAACCGAAAGCGCAGGGACACAGUAGCUUCCUGCCAAGCGGCAGUGGGAACGGCAAUGGCAAGAUGCGUCCCACAAGCAGCUCACAACUCAGCAAUGACUCACAUAUGAGUACGUUGCCGUAUGAGCAGAAAAUUGAUAAUUUAAAUUUCACACCCACACCGCAAAAGUCGGAGGAAAUGCCUUUGUAUCGGCAUGAAACCGCCGCUGUCAGCGGAUUGCCAACACCGCCACCCGACAUGCGUCGUCCCGAUUCCUAUUAUACGGCGGUGCGUAGCAGUAAAGCACAGCCACAACUGGGUCGCAAUGCAGCAGCGCCGCAGACCACGAGGGCGCAAGUGUUGGGGAAACAGCCAAGUGCGACGACACAGCCAUUGGCUGGCAAGAGCCCUGUAACCCAGGGGCACAACCAAAAUGGCAAACGUCCAAAGACUGUUUAUCAAACUGCCAGUCCGGAGCCGACAGCAUACCAUCGCUCCCGUUCGGAGGCGCUGUUAGAGACGGAUUUCGACGAUGAAGCGCCGAGCAUGGUGCCGCUAAGUACGAAUAGUCGCAGCUAUAGUCAGCCACUGGAGACGGCUAUGUAGAGAAGGAAAAUAGACGGGUAGCGAAGCAGCGACGAAAUCGAACGAAGUUUAGUAUAUAGAGUUAGAAGUAACGCAUCAUCACAAAGCACACAAACGAUAAAAUCACACAUGACGCACCUCUUUUUUACCGUUAUAAUAAUUUAUUCUAAGACAUAUUUACAGAUAUAAUUUUUGUAAGCGCUUGAGAAAACAAACUAAAUAUUAACUUUUUAUAUUAUUAGCAUAAAUAUUGCAUUAAGCCUUUCGAUCUACAGACGUUCAACGACUCUAUAUGCCUUAAAUGCUACUAUAGCUAGCCGAAUUAAUGUUAAGCAAGUGAAUAAAAUAAGUAAAAUAAAUAUAAAAAUGUGAAGAGAUUAAUAUAAAAAAAUUAAAAAACAUUUAAAAAAAUAUAAAUUAGUUUCAUGAGUAUAUAAAAAUUUCAAAAAAAUCACCAUCGUAUUAAUCGAAAACUCAUUUAAGUUCUUAAGUUACUAUUGUUCCAUCCAUUAGACAUAUAAGUUGUACUAUUUUAUGUUCACAUGUAUUAAAUUAUAUAGAUUUCAUGUACAUACAUUAGACACUUGUAAUUAAUUAAAUUU